GGAAAUGGUUUUUACAUGCCCCCUGAGGGAUGCUUCUUCACCAGGAUCCCUGCUGAACAGAGGUCAGAGACACUGUAAGUAGAGCAGAUUUUGGAAGGACUACAGCAGCGUGAUGGAAAUAACUCGCGUUUAUGUACUCUGCCCUCUUGUCUGGAGACUGCCUCUUUAAAAAGUCUGUGCGUGUGCGGGCACGCGCAUACAUGCAUGCGAGAGAGCCGAGGUGCACACUGCAAAAUGCUGGGGAAGCUUAGCUUUGCUGUGAAGCCUGAGCCCUGAGUGAAACCUAACUAGCUAGGCAAUAUGCAAUUGCUGAUUGACAGCAGGACUAGCAUUAUGCAAAUGUGCCAGAGAGAACAGCAGCUCGGAACCAUGAUCAGGGGCUCUGUUAGGGAUCUCUCUACACACGCCAGCUCCCAAAUCCCCCGGCUCGCUGUGGCUGUUCGCGUUUUUCAUGCUGCUUUUUGCUGUGGUGUUUCAGCUUAACAACCAAUAAAUGACUCCCCCCACAAAAACACACACACAGAUAAGUUGUUGUUUUCUUGGACACAAAUAAAUCCAGUCUCCUGUGCAGUUUCAAUUUCUUUCAGCUCAAGGGAUGUGCGUGAGCUUGUUAACUCAGGAUAAAUUGGGUAAUAUUUAGCAGGGUAAUGUGCUAAUCUUUAAACCUUUAUGUUUUCAAUCCCAGCGUAUGUAUGGGGAAAACUCUUGACACAAAAGUGUAUGUGUUUUGCCUGUUUCUUCUCAUCUCCUUCAGUUUGAAGCCUUAUGUAGGUCAGGCUUGGCUUAAGCAGAUUUCCUGAACCUGCGUCAGCUUAAGCUGGAGGAAUUUUAAUAAACCCUCCCUUGUAGGCGGGGGCCUAAAUGAGACAAGCCUAGUUAAGCCUGAUCUUUUCUGUUUGUGAAAAAGAGCCGAGGAGAGCUAGGAUCGGUGUGGUGGUUGCAGGAACUGCUGCUGCUGCUUCAAGCUGGAGAGGAGGAUGGUUGGGAAGGCCCGGUCCUCGAAUUUUACCUUGUCUGAAAAGCUGGAUUUGCUGAAACUUGUCAAGCCCUAUGUUAAAAUUCUUGAAGAGCACACCAACAAACACUCGGUCAUAGUGGAAAAAAACAAAUGCUGGGACAUCAUAGCUGACAACUACAAUGCUAUUGGGGUUGACCGGCCACCUCGCACCGCGCAGGGCCUGCGCACCCUGUACAAGCGACUCAAGGAGUACGCCAAGCAGGAGCUUCUGCAGCAGAAGGAGAGCCUGUCUGACUAUAAGAGCUACAUCUCUGAGCCCACAAAGAAAGUUGUGGAAAUGAUCCCCCAGAUUUCCAGCGUGUGCUUGAGAGAGAGGAACAACCUGCCCUGUGCCACUGUAGAAAAAGAAACUGUUGCUACUACGAGCUCCCCACAACCAGUGCUGGAGCACCAUCCCGCUGCUAUCACGCUGGAGCUGGAUCAAGAAAUUGAGGAAGACAUCAAGCCGCCUCCAUCAUUAAUUGUAGAGUUGCAAACACAGGAAAGCUUAGAGCAAAGAGAACAGCAACAUUUGGUCCAUGUCAUGGAGAGAUCUCCUUCAACUUCCCUGUCUUCUGUAGAUAUAAGAAUGCUCUCUCCAUCCCCUAUCCCCAGAAGAGAUGAAUUUUUCAGGCUUGAAAGUGGGGAACGAUUUAGGCCAGCAUGUGGCGGGUAUGAUCCCCAAAUGUUGCAAAUGUUAAAAGAAGAGCAUAACAUAAUUUUGGAAAAUCAGAGGAAAAUUGGGCUCUAUAUCCAAGAAAAAAGGGAUGGCUUGAAAAGAAGGCAGCAGCUGGAAGAAGAGCUACUAAGAGCCAAAAUUAAAGUAGAAAAGUUAAAAGCAAUACGGUUACGUCGUGAUCUUCCUGAAUUCAACAGUCUCUGAAUAUUUAGCACUUCUGCUGCAUAAAACCAGGGUUCUUUCAUGAUUCUUUCUGAUCUAGAAAAGAUUAUUUGCUAAGUUCAUUUGAAUGGAUCAAAGCCCAGCCUUGGACUUGGUUGGGGGAGAAGAGUGCAUGUUUAUUCCAUUUUGUUUUUCGUGCACAUUUACAAAAAAAUCAAAGCCAUCUUUCACUGGUAUUCCCAGGUGUUUUGAUCUAAAGUAGAACCAGAUCUAAGACUUUAAAAAAAUCAUUUGAAAUCUUGUGAUUAUAUUACUGUUAGCAAAACAAAAUAAUUUAUGCAGCUGUUGUAAAAAUGCUGAUUUUAUUCUUUGUUCCAUUUUUUCCCCUGGAGCAAUUCUUAUCUGCUCAUUUAAAAUGGUCACUUAUCUGUGGGUCAAUAAAUUUACUCAAACAUUGUGGGGAAAUACUAUA